AUGUGCUGCGGAACCGAACGUGCCCGUAGGAAACAAGGAAAGAGGAAUGCUGACAGCGACAGUGAAUACAGUUACAAAAGUGUCAUUAGUGGUGGAACUAAACAUGUGCGCCGGCGCAGAAAGAAGGCUGAUGGUACUUACAGCGAUAGCGAGUCUUACCACAGCGAUAAAGACGAAGAGGGUGCUGCGAGAAGAAGACGGCGCCGCAGGGAAAGGAAGCACGGAUCUGACAGUGCGCACAGCUAUUACAGCAUUGUCAGCGCUGGUGGCACCCGCAAGGUGAAACGUCGACGUAAGCGUGCUGACGGCACGUACAGCGACAGUGAGUCCUACCACAGUUCAGACAGCGGAUUGGAAGGCGGUGGUCUUCACAAGGGAAAGAAAAAGAAGAAGCGUCGAGAACACGGCAGUGACAGCGAGUACAGCUACUUCAGUGAGGUCAGCGAAGGUGGCACCAAAAGGCGCCAACGGAAGAAGAGGAUUCGCGACGAACAUGGCCGCGUGAUUGGCCACGGUAAAGCGGAGGCCUAUUCUAGCCCAGAUGAUUCGGAUUCAGAAAGCGUGUAUACCUUAAAAAUCCGACGGAAAAGGAGCAAGAUACGGGUUAAAAAGGAGAAACCAACCAAAGGAAAGGGUAAAAAGGGCAAAGGCAAAGGGGGCAUUGACGGAGAUACCUCUCCGGACAUCUUUAGUGACGCUACAACGGAUUCAGACGCGGUAGAUCUGGAAAACAUGACGGAGGAAGAAAGGAGGCGCUACCUCAGCGCAAGAGACAAGCGAAGGGCAGAGAGGGAGAAAAAAAGGCGGGAGAAAUACGGCGAUGCCUACGAUGAGAUGGUGGCCAAACACGAAAAAAAGAAACAAGAGAAGAAGGAGAAAGCAAAGCGCCUUAAAGAGGAAGAGGAACGAAAGAAGGCUUCCAAAUCGAUGGUGAACUAUGAUAAGAUGCAGGGCAGAGAUAAAGGUCCUGGUGGAAAAACAGAUGGACGGGAUCUUGGCCCUGGCCACGACGAGUGGGGCAAAAAGAAGAAGGGAAAAGAUGGUCACGAGGCUGACGACGAAAGCGAUGAGGAUGGCGUUCCUGGAAAGAGAAAGAAGAAGAAAGGACGAAAAGGUUCAUCAGCUUCCACAGAAUAUGACAUUGAAUACGACGACAAAGGCAAUAUUAUCAAGAAAGUCAGACGAAAAAAGGCGGGAGAUGACGAGUCCGAGUAUGAAGAUGAAUAUGAUGCUGAAGGAAACGUCAUCGGCAGAAAAAAGAAAUCAAAGCGGCCUGGAUCCGGGGGAUCCGAUAGUUCAAAGGGCGAUUACUUUGAAACAACAGCGGACGGACAGGUCAGACUGAAGCAAGGAAAAAAGAAAAUAGACUUGGAUAAAUUGACAUCAGAUGACCUGCGAAAGCUUGGAAUAGAUCCAAACUUGUCAAAGCAACAGAUUGCCAGAUUAUUAAAGGAAAAGUUCGGAAACGAUAUCGUCAUCACAAAGGGAAAAACAAAAAUAGGAACGAAGCGUUUGUCAGAAUACGGAAGUGACGUUGACAGUGAUGAAUUAGCUGAGGAUAGCGAUUUAGACAUUUCCACUUUGAAAGGUCAGCGGAGGGUGAAGAUAAAGAUGAAGCGUGGUGGCCAAGCUUUGCUGGAUCACAUGAAGAAAAUACUAGACCAAAGUAAUCUGCAUGAUGAUGAUUACGCUAAAGAUCUUGACGAAAAAGGGGACAUUGAUUUUCUCACCCAUUACCGCCUAGUUGAUAGCAAGAAGCUUGAAGGAUAUGCCAGAGCAUUUGUUGUAGAAGACGAGGAUUUCGACACGGUUAUAGAUUCUGAUGAGACGAGAAUUGCAUUAGACGGUGUUCCAAGCAUUAAUGCAAUGACCGAAAAGCAGCUAAACUAUGUCCUAAAGGUGUUAAAGAUAGACCACGCGAGCCAAGUUACGUUCCGAAUGUUUGCUGUUAUUUCGGCUCUGUGCGAGAGAGUUACUCAAAUGGACCCAAUAAGUAAACAUCUGCUGGAGAUUUGCAACUUACUGGACAUUGAAAGAAAAAUGGACCUGUACCGGCUAAUGUUCUACCACAAUACGAGCUCAGACAGGGACGGUAACUUUAUCACAGCCGAAUCUCUCAAAAUAGAGCUUAUAGCUGGUGGCUUGAAUUGGAAACAACAACAGCAUGUUAUGGAUCGUCUUCAACCAAACGUAUUUGGCGAGAUUUCGUUUCUGGACUAUCUCUGCUACAUUCCUUUAUUCAUGUCCAUGCACGACAACAUCUGUGUUGACCCGCUGGACAUGCGCGAUGACAAGUACACGGGUAACUUCAGGAAAACGUCAGGAGCUGCAAGACAAAGAGAUAUGAACCCGCUAGGUUUCCCACUUAAGAAAGACUCCUCUCACAUGCUGAGACAGCAGGCUCAGGAUCUCGUGGAGGGACGUAUUGACCCCAGCGAGUUGAAAAAGGAAAAACUGGAACUUCUUAACAAAUAUGCUGCAAGUUUUAUUUUAGCAGAAGAAGGGGACCGCUUUGAAAAAGAUGGUGUCGUGUAUGAAUACAAGAAGGACCCGGUUACUGGUAAACUCAUUAAAAAAUUCGACAGGGUGGUUGGAGCCAAAAAAGCUGUCAAGAAAGGCGGAAGGGGCACACCUGAAGGGCUUACUGAGAAGGAACUUAAGGAUUACAAGAAAGGCAAAAGAAAUAAUGACAGCGACAGUGAGUACAGCUACACCAGUCACGUCAGCGCCGGAGGUACUCGCCAUGUCCAGCGCAGACGUAAACGCGAAGACGGAACGUACAGCGCUGCACAGUCCUAUCACAGCAGUCAAGACGAGGAAGGGGAAGCACGACGCAGGCAACGACGUCGUGAUCGACGCCACGCGAACAGUGCUCACAGCUAUUAUAGCGUCGUCAGUGAAGGCGGUACGCGUCACACCAAGCGUCGACGACGUCGCGAUGAUGGCACGUACAGUGCUAGUGAAAUAUAUGAAAGUCCUGAUGAAAACGAUGUUGGCAAUUCCAGAAUGAAUUUUCUGGCCACAGAUAAGGAAUUUAAUUUCGGACCAAACACCAAAAAGAAUGUGGCAUCUGGUGACGAGGACAGUGAGUACAGUUACUACAGUGAAAGAAGUGAGGGUGGAACAAGAUACGAGUUCAAAAGGAAAGUUUUAAGGGACAUUCGAGGUAACAAAGUAGGCUAUGGGACAGCCUUACCGCACAAUGAUGCUGAUACAGACGGUGCUUCACUAAGACCUAGAAUUGGGUCUUUUACCGGUGAAACAUUGGACGCAGAGGAGUAUGCGAAUAGACGACUGAAGCCGAUCGCCCGUGCCGAUUCGAUGGUGAAGCAGUUCUUGACAGACGUAAACACUUUACCUCAAGAAGAGCCAGAAGAUGGCCUGUGGCCUGGUGCCUCCGAACCCGGUGAUCACACAGAGGGCGCUAAAACAGCAGACGACCGGUCUGAUUUGUCCACUAAGACAGAUGAAGAGUUACAACGAGAACGUGAGAGACAGGAAAAACGGAAGCAAAUGCAGAAGAACAUCGACCUCGCCAACGAAAGAAGGAGAAAGCGAGAACAGGAGAAACUAGAGAGACUCGAACGACAAAGGCAGAAGGAGGAAGAGGAAGCAGCGAGGCGAAGGGAAAUGGAGCUCUCCGAGAGACGAAAGUCUGUUAUUAGCGAGCGGUCUGGUAGGGCAGGUACACCAAGGGAAAAACCCAAGAGCAUGGUGACUUACGAGAGAGGUCCUGGGCGGGAGGCUACAAACCCCUCCAUGAAAACAGAUAACAGGGACAUUGGCCUCAGCCAUGAUAACUGGGGGGCAAAUGGACGCCGAAAGUCUUACGUAGGAAAACAGCAUGGCGAGAAACAAGAUGAUCCGAGUCGCGUUAAAUCUCGCAGAGAAAUUCGAGAUUUACCAACAUUCAAUAAACUGCCUUCAAUCAAUCCCUUAAAGGGCAUCUCGAAAGAUCGAAGAGGGUCCAAUAUAUCAAACAUUGGCGGAAAGGUGAAGACUAAGGAAUCAGAUGAAGAAGAUAAGUCGAAAGAGCAAGAGAAACAGGAUGAAAACCAACAAAAGAAAAAGGCCGAAGACAUGUUUGAAUAUGACAAAGAUGGGAACAUUCGCCUCAAAGGUGGAGUCAAGGCAAUUGAUCUGGAUAAUCUAACAGAUGAUGAUUUACGCAGAAUGGGAAUAGACCCGCGUCUUUCAAAGGCAGAAAUAGCUAGGAAACUCAAGGAAAAAUUCGGGAAGGAUUUGAUGAUACAGGACGGAGGGAAAGCAGUCGGAACCAGGAGGCUUGAGGACUACGACAAAUACCAGUCUAUUAUGGAACUGGCAAAUGAUCCCAACUUUGACGUCAGCUCAGUUCGAGGUCCAAAACGUAUGAACAUUCUCUUCACUCGCGGUGGACAGAUCCUCGUCGAACACAUGAAGCGGGUACUUGUGGAAUCGACCCUACGCAGACAAGACUAUGCGCAUGAUCUGGACGAAAGGGAUUCCUCCAUAGAUUUCCUGAACCAUUACCGCUUGGUUGAUCCUGGCAAACUAGAAGGAUACGCCAAGGCCUUUGUCGUGGAGGACGGAAAUCUGGACACGGUCAUCAACUAUACUGAACUCCGGGUGGCACUUGAGGGCAUUGUCAGCAUUGAAGAAAUGACAAAGAAGCAAAUGGAUUAUGUUCUAAAGGUAUUGCAUAUCGAUGACAGCACUCAACUGACUUUCCGGAUGUUUGCAGUAAUCACUGCAUUAUGCGAGAGGGUAACUAUGAUGGAUCCUGUUGCAAGACACCUUCUGGACAUCUGCAAUCCAGAUAUAGAGCGGAAGUUGGAUCUGUACAACGCUAUGUUACAUAAUGUCCAAUCGGAUCGUGACCCAAAUCAUAUCACCUCGGAAUCGCUCAAGAUCGAACUCAUGGCCGGCGGAUUGAACUGGGGUCAACAGCAGUUCAUCAUGAAACAGAUGGAACCAAACUCAUGGGGAGAGAUAUCAUUCUUGGACUACAUUUGCUACAUACCGUUGUUUAUGUCCAUGCACGACAAUAUAUGUGACAAUCCACUGGACAUGUCUGACCGGAAGUACACGAUGCCACCGCGCAAGCGCCCUCCUUCGACUCAAAGAGACAUGAAUCCACUCGGCAGCCGUCUAAGUAAAAAUUCUACGUAUCUACUGCGGAAGCAAGUUGAUUUGAUGGCAGGAAAGCUCGACACGAGUGGGUUGCAAGCUGAGAAGAUAGAACUGCUGAACAGAUACGCUGCGCGCUGUCCUGUUGUCAUGCCCUACUCUCGACAGUCUACCAACGCCAGCGACCAUUUUGACCAGCACUCUGAUCUCAUUUUCUGA